AUGUAUUGGCCCCAAGCGCUGACGCUCUUCGCGGCAGCGCUGGUGCUCGUGCGCGCGGCGGUAGCGAAGGACCCUCUUGCAAACAUAAAGCCCGUUUGGACGCGAGCAGAGGACCCCGGCGAGGGAAAUAGCUGGCCUCUGCAGCCUCCACUGUAUGAUCUGUUUGCUGCUGAGCUCCUUCAAGAAAAAGCGCCUUCCUCUCGAGUGGAUGGGCAAGGCUCAGAGCGUUUUUGGCUACCGGGGGAUACUGCCGCCCCUGCGGCAUUCCCACCGGACCCCCCAGCAAAUACGGCAGCUGGAGAAACAGGGGGAGAGUCAGCCUCCCCGAAUAUAGCAGCAAAAGAAGACACGGAGUGGGUGCAACUCGUUAUAGAGGGGCAGAGACUGCCUUUGGCCGAAAAGUUUGUGGGGAAAAUCAUUCCUAGACCUCCCGUUACCCUACGGCCCCAAGGGACCCCACGUCUCUCUAACCGGAUUGGCAGCAGCGGUUCACUUCAUCGAAGAGGCAUAGAUAUACUGAAUGAUUCUACACAGCCCAUUCAAAAGGCAGCCACCGAGCAACGGACAGGCUUCCAGGAUUGGAUUUGGGAACCCUCUCUCGGGCCUGCUGACAAACCGGAAAGCACGGUGGCUGAUACAGCUCAGCUCCUGGAGGUCCCUAGCCGCGUGGAGCUGGUUGUCCACAUUGAUACAUUGCAGAAAGGCGCACCGGUAUUGUACGCAUUUCGAUGGGGGAAACCAAGCACGUGGACCGAGUAUGAUUAUCUUCUAGAGGCUCGGGAGGAAGGCGUCUAUGUAGUGGAGCUGCAGGAGCCUUUAUUGUUCCCUAGCCGCGCAGUGCAGCCACUGCGCCCUGCAGCCCGUGCAAGCACUGGUGGAUCCACCCUUUCUUAUAGAAGCCGAAGGGUGAGUGAAAAGGCACCCUCUGAGAACCCUCGAGCUUUCCAGCGCCUUGAAGGUGCUGCGGGCUGUAGGACCUUCACUUUUGCGGAUACACAGGAGACAGCUAAGAGUCGGUCGGCACAGCUGAAUCCGGCAUGGAACGGCAGCAUGUCCACUGUAAAAGCGCAGGCGAACAGCAUCAAAACCCGCAAAGCAGCCGUGCCUCUAUACUACACCAUACAGUUCUCGCCGCCCCGUGGGACCUCUAGCGAUGGACUAGGGCCGAUGAGCUUCAUGCAGCACUCGCUCUGCCUAGUCUUCUCGGGGACUCCCUCACUACAAAUCUUUUCUUUAGAGGGUCUUGAAGAGCCUGCGGGACAGACUUCUGCUGCGGCGAAAACUUCACAGAACGAAUUGCGUUUUUCUGAAGAUCAAUCAGAGGGCUACCUUCAUUCAGAGGUGCAUUUCUUAAGCGAUGUACCAUUCGGAAGAGAGGUGGGAAAAGAUAAAGGCGGAAAGCUCGGAAACAUGCGCGAAAUGCAAGCAUGCACGAAUAUCUCACAGCUUCCAGUUUUAGAGGGGGAGUUUCAGGCUUUGUCGCUGCUUCACGGCCCUUACAGGGGAAGACCAACGAUCCCAUCCGCGGCUCCCGCUAAGCCCUUGCAUGCGUUAUCAGCCGAGGUUUCCGCCAGUGCAACAUCUGUGCCCCUUGAUAGUACUCUGCCGCAGUUGCACCUGGCAUCGGCAGCUGGAGAGUGCGCUACCCCCUACUCAGAUUAUGUAUACUUCAGCGAGCCGCUGGCGUUCAGCCGCAGAGCCUUCAAUCCUGAGAAGGCCCGCGCGUUUUGGAGCAAGGCUUGGCGUAGGCCUCUUCCCUCCGCCGACGAGGUGAAAACCCCAGAGGAUCAGCUUGCUUCCAGUGAAACUGCGACAGAGAGCGCAACGUACGACACGAAAGACGCGACGCCCCUUCAGCAGUUCCGCGGCAGGCAGCUCCUGCAAGAGCCAUCGGUGACCUUUCUGUGGAGGCAGCUGGUGUUGUUACAGGGUGAAGGCACUUCAUCGCGGGACAAACGGGAGACCUCCCUCACCAACGCAAUGACAGAAUCUCUUUGGGAUAUACUAAGCAGAGGCCAAAGCCCCUGUGUCUUGCUGGGCUUUAGAAGUCCGGAGGGCUCUAUAGACCCUCCUGCCGGCCCUGCACUUGAUGGCGCUGCAGUGACUAAGACUUCCAACGACUUUACGCUAAACUCCUGCAAGGCCUUGGCCGCAGCAACAAAGCGGGGGCUACUGACUCCAGAGGCCCUUACUGGGCCUCAGGGGGUCUCCUGGUUGCUGCCCAAGGAAGUGCUGCCCUCCCAGAUACUGGAAGGCGCAGGCUCCGUGGUGUACCAUGUCCAGCUAAUUGUUCCGGUGUCUUCGACUUCCACAGGUCCGUCAGACCGUCAGAAAAAGGGAGCCUUGGACUUUAACAGGCAGGCGCACAGGGCAGCGCCCCAACAACUGGCAGAGCAGCGACACCCAGACCAGAGCCAGAAUGGCCAGUUGUGGGUGCUGCAGCAAGGACUUGAGGUUCGAGAGCCCGCUUACGGCGAAUGGUUCUUGUCUCUUCGAAGGCUCUCCAAAGAUUUCCCUGGGUUGCAAGAGCAGGCAAAAGGCUCAGCUGCGGAUUUUUUGGCCCUCUAUGUUAUUCAACGCUCCUGCAGGACUGUUCUUGCAGAGGCGAAAAGGCGGCUGGGGAAGAAAAUGCUGCAUCACACAGAAAGGGCCUCUCUCGGGGCUGUUAGAGUACCAAUGGCGUACUCUGAAAGGACCAAGAGAGAAGCGCAGCACCACCACGCCCCUACCUGGCGUGGCGCUGGGCACUAUUUAGAAACCCAAAAGAGCCUUCCAGAGAUCUACCUCGGAAGCUUCCCGAAACAAGCAGGUAUUGGACCGUCUGGGAGUAGGGCCGUUCCUUGUGGCGUUGAGCCACUCACAGACACGGGUGGUGUCACGCUUGGGGAUCCUCAACUGGUAGACCUCAAGAGAGACUGUAAUUGGUGUAGCCAGCCGAUUGCGGCAUUCACACCCGGUUCAGCCCUCUACCCACAACGGCUCCAGCUCACGUUUAAGUUGGGCAGUCCUUCUAUUCCUGGGGAGGCGUCUCUCCUGGUGCGUCCUGCAGAAGCUCGACGAUUGGACACUGCAGCAGACACGACCCUCGGGGGCGAUUCAGACUCAGGCAGCCCUGCUGAGGCGCAGUGGAGAGCUGUGGGUUCUCCUGUCUUCUCCUCUUUGUCUUUGACACCCGCUACUGCUUCGGGAGGACGGAGCCUCUCGGUCACUGUGGACUUCGUGGCCUUUGCUGCCUCUCGCACACGCCGAUGUGCGCCCUUCUUGCAUCCUCUUCACACAGAGGGCCCACCACAACUCGGCUCCCGCCGGCUAUACUUUUAUGCCCUAGCUGUCCAGGUAACUCGGGAUGCGGUACCGCAGCAGCCCGUGCAUUGGGGGGCUGGGCUGCAGGAGACAGCUAAUCCAGCCGCAUUUUCCAGGGUUGUAGACGCUCACAACUCAACUACAACACGGAAGGGGCUUGUACGCCUUCCCGUCUUCUGUGAAGACCCAGAAGACUCAGCAGAUGACCUUCAGGGAGCGUACACCGCACCCUCCGUCGUGGAAGCAACACUUCAAUUCACAGGCAGCCCCUCCUGGAUAUUUAAAAGUGAAAUUCUCCCCCCCGAUUUCGAUAUGCUCCCAACCACCUAUUUACUACAGUGGCAACUCCUGGAGGGAGAGAAUUACGCUAGAACUUCCUCAACAAACCCGCUUUCGCGGGCUCAAAAAACGACAGUCCCCAUGCAGUCGGAUGCAGACGUGUCCCUGCAUGUAGUUGCAGCCUCAGAUGUAUCCAGUCUGUGCAGCAAACACUGCCCGCCAAGGGGUUCCUGUGCCAUAACCGGCAGGCUGGACGGCUUUGCUGUCUUCGGGUGUCGCUGUGCGUACGGAUUCACCGGAGCUGACUGCGAGUCGGAAUAUAUGAAUGCGUGGAUGCGGACACUGGCUCAGGGGGCACUGGUUCUCUCCAAUGUGGCCAUGCUCCCCAGCUUCUUGCUCUGCCUUCGCCUCGCGGUGCGCCAUCUGAACAUCCCUGGGAAUUCCGCUGCAUGCGAUCUCUGCAAAAUAAAUAUGCAUCACGCAAAAAGUGGACAGGUUGGAAUAUGGCAAGCGCACUCCUGCUUUAUCCUCUACUUGUCUAGGGCCUUCGCCUAUUUCAAUGCUUGUAAGCACCUCUCCCCCCUGCUGCAAUACACUGGAGUCAGGCAGGCUAGCGUUUGUUCUACUGUACGGCACCAGAAGCUUCCAGACAAAAAUCAUCAGCAAUUUAGACACACUUUCCUCUGGUCCGCCCUCUAUCAUUCGUGCGUCGAUGCGUCUGCUCGGCUCCCCAUGGAGGUCCCGGUGCUGCAAAGUUUAGACUUUGUGUUUUCUUACUAUGCGCUAUUUGUCACCGCCUUGGCCCUCACAAACAUUGGGUGUAUUGCAGCAGAGCUGCUGGCCCACGUAGCCAUACUGUUGCUUCUGAGUUUUAAGUGGCUUCCAGAGACCUUUGAUCAGCAGAGCGCCUCCUGGUUUGUGAUUACCUGCGUGAUGAUUCCGUUUGUGAGCGUCGGUGUGAGAGCCUUGGCCCUCUGGAAGCAAUGCAAAGAGGCAGAGGCGAGGCAACUGCAACUGGAAGCCCCGUUGAGGGAUUGGCGACCCGAAGACAUCAGGUGGCUGGAGGGUCGAUCUGAUGCCGGAGAAGAAAUAGCUGCUCCGCCGGAGGCAGAUGAUAUGCAUCCCAGCCACCAUGAACUCCAGCAGCUGCUGAGACAAAAGAUGGAGAGGGCGCGGGAGCGAAUGUGUCUCAAGGCACUUGGCCAGGCAGUUGCUCGCCUCGAAGUAGCACGGAAGGUCCACAGUAAGCUGUGUUGCUGCACUGCGGAUCCCCGAAUGGGGUGCCUUCAAAGUCUCCUUUAUUGUUUGAAGACCACUGGCAACGCGCUGCUUCCAGGGGUAGCGGAACCGGCGAGCACAAUGGAUUCCUCAAAUAUCGUUCAUGGAUAUCGGGCAUCUUCAGACGCUUCCUUAAGCUGGGUCGCGUGCCUUGGCGUCGCUGCAACACGCGUCUCACCACACCUGGAGUUCUUAGGGCUAGGCGUCCUGCUGGCCACACUUGGCAUUGGCUGUGUCAGCGUUGAAGAGAGCAGCGACGACUAUUGGCUGAUGCACUCUCUCUGGCACAUCUGCAUUCAAUCUGCGACCUGCUUUGUCCUUAUGUCUACCCUGCAGCAUCCGAUUUUCCUAGAGCUCAGCGAUCCGAAAAGCCCCCUUUUGAGCCGUAUCGGUCCUGAAGUGCCUGUCCCCAGUCGUUCGCUCAGCGAAGCGAUUUCCGCGGUCGACGAACUUCAGGUGCCUGCGAGCACUGCACAGGGGCACCUCACCGCGGCCUUCUGGAGAGUCCUGCAUCACAACCAAAUGCGUUCGUUUGCGCUGCAUUCGGAGCCACAGGGUUCAUAUGAUGAUAUCCACGGAGGUCCCCAAUUGGAGCGCCCUGUUCGGGGAGAUAGCCAGGCUUCUUUUUCUCCAUUAAGUUUCCACUCGUUACUCUCUGCUAGUGCAGCUAGUCACAAUCUCGAGCUUCUGCUACCGGUAUUUACACGCCUCCUGGUGAUUCAAUUUUCCGUACAUAAGAAGAACCACAGAAGAAGAGCUAUACAAGAGCCUCAAGCGUCAGGCGGCGAUCGUGGCGUAACCGCUGUAGCAGACAAGGAGCCAGGCAUGCUGAGGACCGGGACGGCUACGACGAUUGCUGACGAGACAACGUCUCCUCAGAGUGCCUCGCCCGUGAGCCCAGCAAGCUCAGUAUCAAGUGAUAUGAGUGAGUGGGGUUGCCUCUGGUGCGUUGCCCGAGUGUCUCUUGGUGAGCAGGAGCUGCUGCAGAUCCACGGGGAACGCUUGCGAGCUAUUUGCCGCUUGCGGCUGAUGCCGAUUCGCAGCUGUUGUUUCCUCCCCCGCUGGCUAUGGGACCCCGCAGAAAGCCACAUGAGCACUCUGCAAACCGACGUUCGGACACCCCAGGGAGCUGUCCUUCUGUGCUCCUAA